AUGGUCUUUAACUUCAAAGGCAUCAACCUCGCGCGUCAGAGUAUCGCCAAAGGCUUCAACCACGGUUACGCUCAGAGUCUUGUUGCUGGUGUCAGCCAGAACAGUGCCACCUUCAAACAUGAUCGCUUCCGCAAACAACACGGCGUAAAGCAGCAGAACCAGCUCGCUUUCGCCUCCACCUCCACAGCCAAUGCCAUCAAGGCCCUCGCUGCCGCCGACCCUCACGAUGCCGGUCUCGCCGCCUACUACGCCGCUUGGCAGAAGCACCGCUCCGUCGAAGACAAGGAGUGGUCUCAGUUCCAGUUCCGCAAGCUCAUAGAGUGGAAGCCUCUGUCGUCCAAGGAUACCAAUGCUGUUGUGGAAGAUCUGGAUGCGGAUGAGCAUGUUAUCCCAUCUCGCGCCGGCCUGAGUCGUGCUUAUAGCACCAGCCAGGUGGAAGAUUUCAAAAACGCCAUCAGCGAUGAAGAGGUGGAAAAUAUUGCGCUGGCGCAAGUGGACGAGGCAAUUGCUCAAGAGAAGGCGAAGAUCAGGGCCGAACACCAGGCCAAUGCCGUCCACGAGGAACAAAAUCUGUCGCCUAUCGAAGAGACCCGAUCCGAGUCACCCGCCACGAACUCAAGCACGCUCGUCGAUUCCGCUGCCUCGAUCCGUACGGAGCCAACCCUUCUGCCCAGCCCUAUCAUUGAGACUGUCGAUGCCCACCUUGCUCAACUCCAGAAGCUUGCCGACGAUCGAAAGUAUGCCGAAAUUCCGGCUGUCUUCGAGGCCAUGCUUCGCUCUGGUGUGAAGCCUUCCGCUCCCGCUUACAAUGCGCUCCUCUCCGCCGCUAUCAACCUUCCCAAGACGAAGCACCAGAUUGUGCCCAAAGCUCUGGAUGUCUACUCCGAUAUGCUUCGCCGGCGCAUUGCCCCUGACACCACAACCUACACCACUCUUAUUGAGCUGCUUUCCCGGCGAUCACUCGAAGUCGUCUCUUCAAAGCAGGUUCUUGAAGAGAAGCGUCUGCGAUACGGAGGAUUGGAAGAGGAGGGCAAGUUCAUGCUCGGUUCCAAUGAGACGGACUACGAGAUUCUUUCCGAGGACGGUUCACUUUCCAUUGCUGUGCGUCUCUUCGAUGCUGCACUCAGAACCGAAUCUGGGCGAUCCUUCUCUGAAAAGACAUACCGUAUGCUUGUCACCGCCUGCGCCGAAGGCGAUCGUGUUGAAGACAUGGUCCGGAUCUUUGCUCACAUGGAGUCGCAAGGUGUUAUUCCUGCUGCCGACAUGUUCGUCCCCAUGAUCCAUGCUUUCGGCAAGUCAGGUGAUUUGAAGAGUGCAGUAGAGUGCUAUGACGAGUACAAGGCACUCGCUAUUUCGAAUGACGCAGGGGAAACUAUUCUGUCCCGCAAAGAUAACGAUGUUUACGCUGCUUUGGUCAAGGCUUAUGCCAUCUGCGGCCGUUUGGAGGGUGGUUCCAAGUUUCUUGCCAAGAUCGAGGCGAACCUCACCUCCUCCCAGGAAAUCACCACAAUCCGAGACAUUGUGAGCUUGAAGGCAUUUGUGCCCGAAUGGCUCAAGCGAGGGGAUUUCCACGAAGCAUUCGCUCACGCCUCCAAUGACUUGAGUCCCCAAGCGCGCCAGCUCGCCAUGGCAGCCAUCUGCAUCAAGGCCGCCGACAACAAUGUGGUUGAGAUUGCAACCGAGGCAUUCGAUGCCCUCCCCGCUGAGAUGGACCUCUCUCGGCCAGCCAUGGCAAUGGGUGCGAUGCAUAUUCGUAACGGAAGCAUCGAGGCUGCCGACAUCUUCUGGAGGAUGCUCGAGCUCUCGCCCACCAAGGCUGACUUCAUUGAGCCCACCGCCAUGCACAGCAUUGCUUUGAUAGGCAGGGGUCAGUCUGAGCGUGGUCUCCGCCAGGGACGCCAGAUGUUUGCUCGCAUCCGUGACUCUCAAUCCGGUUCCAACCAAGCCAAGAUGGAGACUGUCGAGCACAUCGAUGAAGCCAUCGAGGUGAUUGGCCAGUUCAUGAUGAAGCGUGGCAUUGUUCUCCCUGCAAGGGCCAGCAUGGAACUCAUGUGGACCAUGAUUGAGAAUGGUGGCCUCGUUACUCCCGUUGCCCAUCACAUCCUGAUGGGCAUGGGCCCUGAAGCUGUUGCCCAGCUCAGCUUCGACGAUAUUACUCUCCUGAUGCAAGUCCAGUCCGGUAUCAUCAUCAACUCUACUGAAGUCGACAUUGCUCACACCGCCCGAUUUUCCCACUUACUUGAAGUUAUUACAUCGAGAGGCGCGCCCGUGAACAAAGCGACAUCCGGUUUGGUUGAGAAGGUUCUGGUCAGACUUGAUCGUGGAGACCUCCAGCACCGCUGGUAUAGCUACAAACACCCGGCUCCGGAGCCAGUUUACUCUCCGGCCCCGUUUGUGGCGUACCCGGUGCAGCAGCCAGUGGUGACGGCUGCUCCCUCUUUUGAGGAUUCUUAUGACCCGUAUGCGGCCAGUACCGACAACAAGGGCUCCGUCGCGAUCACGGAGUUGCUCGAGAAGACGCAUGGUAGACCAGCAUCGCACUUGAAUGAGGCUUUGAUGAAGUUCAAGAACAUGCGUCGUGCUGGACGCCAUCCUCGAUUCUUCACCUACGCUAAGCUCAUCACCGCUGCUGCAAAGGAAGAUCGCCUGAACCUCGCACACGAUAUCCUCAACCUCGCCAAACAAGAUGUUCCUCUGCUACCGCAGUACCGCAUCGUCCGGUACGGUUGGGUUACCAUCUUGGAUGCCAUGGUUGCUGCAUCACUCACUGCUGGUCGUCGCGAUCUUGCGGCUCAGUAUCACCAGGAUCUUCUCGAUAUGGGUGCUGCUCCUACCGCAAAUACUUUCGGUCUCUACAUUACCACGCUCAAGGAGUCUACCAAGACUUUUGACGAGGCCACCGAGGCUGUGAAGAUCUUCCUUCGUGCGAAAGCCGAAGGUGUGGAGCCUUCCUCGUUCCUCUACAACGCUUUGAUCGGCAAGCUUGGAAAAGCCCGCCGUAUCGAUGAUUGCUUGUUCUACUUCUCAGAGAUGCGCAGCCUUGGUAUUCGCCCUACCAGUGUCACCUACGGUACCAUUGUCAAUGCUCUCUGCCGUGUCAGCGACGAGAAGUUUGCCGAGGAGCUGUUCGAGGAAAUGGAAAGCAUGCCCAACUACAAGCCCCGACCUGCGCCCUACCACAGCAUGAUGCAAUUCUUCUUGACAACCAAGCGGGACCGCAGCAAGGUUCUGGCGUACUACGAGCGCAUGCGAUCCAAGCGCAUCGAGCCCACUACACACACGUACAAGCUCCUCAUCGACACCCAUGCCACCCUUGAGCCUGUCGACAUGCAAGCAGCGGAGAAAGUGCUGGAGCAGAUCCGUACCGCAGGCGCGAUUCCCGAAGCCGUGCACUACUCGUCCCUGAUCCACGCCAAAGGCUGCGUCCUCCACGACAUGGCCGGCGCGCGUAAACUCUUCGACGAAGUCCUUUCCGACUCUCGCAUCCGCCCGCAAGCCUGCCUUUACCAAGCCCUCUUCGAAGCCAUGGUCGCCAACCACCAAAUCGCCGACACCGAGCCCGUUCUCCGCGACAUGCGCGCCCGCGGCGUCGAAAUGACCCCUUAUAUCGCGAACUCGCUGAUCCACGGCUGGGCCCUCGUCCACGACAUCCAAAAGGCGAAAGCCAUUUACCAGUCUGUCCGCGAGGACAAGCGCGAACCCAGCACGUACGAAGCCAUGAUUCGCGGCUUCAUGUCCGUCGACGACCGUGCUUCUGCUAUGGCUAUUGUCAACGAGGGUCUCUCGCGUGGAUACCCUACCGCUGUUGCCAGCAAGAUUCUCGAGCUCGUUGGAGGUGGCCGUGCCGUUGCUCCCGCUGAUGUCAAUGCUACUGCUACCUCUGCUGUGUAA